GCUGGGUGUUGAAGAGUCUUGCGCGGAGGCCGCGUUCUCCGGAUCUUCUGUCAGGAGAGCGGAGCGUGCGGAGGCGACCGAGGAGGCGGGAAGGCGGCUGUGGUUGAAGGGGCGGUUGCUCAUUUGCAGGGAGGAAGUCCGAGAGAGUGGGAAGCCAUGGUGAUGGCAGCGAAGAAGGGGCCAGGACCUGGCGGUGGGGUCGGCGGAGGAAAGGCGGAGGCGGAGGCAGCUUCGGAGGUGUGGUGUCGCCGGGUGCGGGAGCUGGGCGGCUGCAGCCAGGCCGGGAACCGUCACUGCUUCGAGUGUGCCCAGCGCGGGGUCACCUACGUGGAUAUCACUGUGGGCAGCUUCGUUUGCACCACCUGCUCUGGUCUCCUGAGAGGACUGAACCCCCCUCAUCGAGUCAAGUCCAUCUCCAUGACAACUUUCACCGAGCCUGAAGUAGUAUUCCUGCAAUCUCGUGGAAACGAGGUUUGCAGGAAGAUUUGGCUGGGCCUUUUUGAUGCUCGGACAUCUUUAAUACCAGAUUCCAGGGAUCCUCAGAAAGUGAAGGAGUUUCUCCAGGAAAAAUAUGAGAAGAAGAGAUGGUAUGUUCCUCCGGAUCAAGUCAAGGGACCCACUUAUACCAAAGGCAGCGCCUCCACCCCUACCCAGGGCUCCAUCCCAGAAGGGAAACCUCUUCGGACACUUCUGGGGGAUCCUGUGCCAUCUCUCUCAGCUGCUGCCUCCACUUCUGGCCAGUCUGUCAGUCAGUCUCAGGCUCGGACAUCCCAGCCCCGGAGUGCUCAGCCACCUCCCCACUCCUCAGUCAAGAAAGCCAGUACUGACCUGCUGGCUGACAUUGGUGGAGACCCCUUUGCUGCUCCCCAGGCUGUACCAUCAUUUGCUGCAUUCCCAGCCUUUGGAGGCCAGACACCUUCCCAUGGGGGCUUUGCCAACUUCGACGCCUUUGGCAGUAGCCCCAGCUCUUCUGCAUUUGGAAGCAUUCCUCUAGCUGGCCAAGCCCCAUUCCAGGCCCAGCCAACAGGCACAGCCAGUCGGAUGCUAACUGGAAGUUACAGCUUUGGGAGCAGCCAGGUGACUCCAUUUGGUGCCUCUUCUCUCGCACCUGCCAGUCAGCCCAGCAGCCUCACAGAUAUGGGUGGCCUCCUGGGACCUGGGGCAUCAGCUGGCGGUAUCCCUAGCAGCAUCUUUGGGAUGACUCGCCAAGUCCCCACGCUUCAGUCAGCCACAGCUGGUGGAGGUGGCAACACAGGGCUUGCCUUUGGAGCCUUCACCAACCCUUUCACAGCACCUGCUGCUCACCCUCAGCUGCCUUCCACAAACCCGUUCCAGCCCAAUGGUUUAGCCACAGGCCCUGGCUUUGGAAUGAGCAGUGCUGGGCCUGGCUUCCCCCACGCAGUGCCACCCACCGGGGCCUUUGCCAGCACCUUCCCACCACCAGUGUUCUCUCUGCAGACCUCAAUGACUCAGCAGCAGAAUGGCUCUUCCUUCAGUGACUUAGGAUCAUCCAAGCUGGGACAGAGGCCACUGAGCCAGCCAGCAGGCACUUCCACCAACCCCUUCAUGACUGGAUCCUCAACAAGCCCAUUUGCCUCCAAACCUUCAACUACCAACCCAUUCUUGUAGCACUGUGGUCUGGAGGGACUCUUCCCUGCUCUCUGGGGUCCCUCUACUCCUUGGAACUCUGGUGACCACUUGCCUGUGGCAUUUAUGUGAGUCUGAAAUGAAAAUGGGCCUUACUUUGCAGGGUAGGGGUCUUGAAGAUGGUGGAGGUGCUAAUGCUUUGCCUGGAGCUUGCAGAUAAAAAGGGCAGCUUCCUCCCUUCUACCUUCCAACCCCAACCCAGGCAGGAGGCCCAGGAGAGAAGGCAGGGUCUGGCCUAGAGGAACAAUGGUGUUUUAUUUCUCAAAUUAUUAAUUAUGUUGUCAGUGAUCCUCCUCCUCUGUGUGUGCUGCCCUCAGCGUACACAGCGCUCCCUUCAUUCCCAACCCUGUGGGCAAAGGAAGCUGUGGGCACAGGCUGACAGCAUUCCCCUGGGAGAACUCUUCCCCAUGCCCAGCUUUCCAGUACUGUUUUCUUUGUGGACAGAAGCACAGAGGGAAGAACAGGGUAGGGGUGGGGAUGAGGUGUGGUGUUGAUGUGGGAUAAUAAUCAGGCCAAGAAGGCCCUGGGGAACCAGAAUGCCCUUGGUGCCCUGGCUUGGGCCAGCACAUCCUUUUCUCCAUGUUUUUGCAUCCCUAGCUCCCUCCCUCCCUCAUCCUGGUUACUCAGGAUGACUAGUUUUACCGACAUAUUGGGUUGGCCAAAAAGUCCAUUUAGUUUUUUCUGUAAAAUAAAAGAUACAUUUUUCAUUUUCACCAAUAACUUUAUUGACUUGGAUGUUUUGAGAAUGUUGGCAAUCUCCUGUGUGAUACAACGUUGAUUAUUCUCAAUUCAUGUCUCAAUUUGAUUGCUAUCAACUUCUAUUGGUCUAUGCGACCAUGGAGCCUUGUCCAGC